CCGCCGCCGGGCUCGCUCCCUCCCCCGCCGCCGCCGCCGCGCACGCAGACAUGUACCCGGGAGCCCCCGCCGCCGGACCCGUGCUUGCACCUCCUCCACCGUUGCCACCACCAAUACAGGGAUAUGCCUUUAAACCCCCUCCUCGACCAGAUUUUGGCACUUCUGGGAGAACAAUCAAACUGCAGGCCAACUUCUUUGAAAUGGACAUUCCUAAAAUAGAUAUCUACCAUUACGAAUUGGAUAUAAAGCCAGAAAAAUGCCCUAGAAGAGUUAACAGAGAAAUAGUGGAGCAUAUGGUUCAGCACUUUAAAACCCAGAUUUUUGGGGAUCGCAAACCGGUGUUUGAUGGAAGAAAAAACCUUUACACAGCUAUGCCACUUCCCAUUGGGAGAGAUAAAGUGGAGCUGGAGGUCACGCUGCCAGGAGAAGGAAAGGACAGAAUAUUUAAGGUGGCUAUAAAGUGGAUGUCCUGUGUGAGUUUGCAGGCUUUACAUGAUGCUCUUUCUGGUCGGCUGCCAAGUGUCCCGUUUGAAACCAUCCAGGCACUGGAUGUAGUGAUGAGACACUUGCCUUCCAUGAGAUAUACUCCUGUGGGGAGAUCUUUUUUUACAGCCUCAGAAGGGUGCUCAAAUCCGUUGGGUGGUGGCAGAGAAGUUUGGUUUGGCUUCCAUCAAUCAGUCAGACCUUCAUUAUGGAAAAUGAUGUUAAAUAUUGAUGUAUCUGCAACCGCGUUUUACAAAGCACAGCCAGUUAUUGAGUUUGUAUGUGAAGUUUUGGACUUCAAAAGUAUUGAAGAACAACAAAAACCUCUGACAGAUUCCCAAAGGGUAAAGUUUACCAAAGAAAUUAAAGGUCUAAAGGUGGAGAUAACACACUGUGGACAAAUGAAAAGAAAGUACAGAGUGUGCAAUGUCACCAGACGACCAGCAAGUCACCAAACAUUCCCACUUCAGCAGGAGAAUGGACAAACAGUUGAAUGCACUGUAGCUCAGUACUUUAAGGACAGGCACAAAUUAGUUUUACGUUAUCCUCACCUUCCAUGUUUACAAGUUGGACAGGAGCAGAAACACACUUACCUUCCUCUUGAGGUGUGCAACAUAGUGGCAGGGCAGAGAUGUAUCAAGAAACUCACUGACAAUCAGACUUCCACUAUGAUUCGAGCAACUGCCAGAUCAGCACCGGAUCGUCAGGAGGAGAUUAGCAAGUUGAUGCGGAGCGCAAGUUUUAAUACUGACCCUUACGUCCGUGAAUUUGGAAUAAUGGUCAAGGAUGAAAUGACAGAUGUGACUGGUAGAGUCCUGCAGCCUCCUUCCAUCCUCUACGGGGGCAGGAAUAAAGCAAUUGCAACACCAGUUCAAGGAGUCUGGGAUAUGAGGAAUAAACAGUUUCACACUGGAAUUGAAAUAAAGGUUUGGGCGAUCGCCUGCUUCGCUCCCCAGCGCCAGUGCACUGAGGUUCAUCUUAAGUCCUUUACAGAGCAACUGAGAAAGAUUUCCAGGGAUGCAGGAAUGCCAAUCCAGGGGCAGCCGUGCUUCUGUAAAUACGCGCAGGGAGCUGACAGUGUGGAGCCCAUGUUCAGACAUCUCAAGAACACUUACACUGGGUUGCAGCUUGUUGUAGUAAUUUUGCCAGGAAAAACACCAGUCUAUGCUGAGGUGAAGCGUGUUGGUGACACCGUGCUGGGCAUGGCCACACAGUGUGUGCAGAUGAAAAAUGUCCAAAGAACAACACCCCAGACUCUGUCUAACCUUUGCUUGAAAAUAAAUGUCAAAUUAGGAGGCGUAAAUAACAUUUUGCUGCCACAGGGAAGACCCCCAGUGUUUCAGCAGCCUGUGAUAUUCCUUGGUGCAGAUGUAACUCAUCCACCAGCUGGAGAUGGAAAAAAGCCUUCCAUUGCUGCAGUUGUGGGAAGCAUGGAUGCUCAUCCUAAUCGAUACUGCGCUACCGUCCGGGUCCAGCAGCACCGCCAGGAGAUCAUCCAAGAUUUGGCUGCCAUGGUCAGGGAGCUGCUGAUUCAGUUCUACAAAUCGACCAGAUUUAAGCCAACUCGUAUCAUCUUCUACAGAGAUGGUGUUUCUGAGGGGCAGUUUCAACAGGUUCUCCAUCAUGAGUUGCUGGCUAUCAGAGAAGCAUGCAUUAAGCUAGAGAAGGAUUACCAGCCUGGAAUUACAUUUAUAGUUGUGCAGAAGAGGCAUCACACCAGACUCUUCUGUACAGAUAAAAACGAACGGGUUGGAAAAAGUGGAAACAUUCCAGCUGGCACCACAGUGGACACAAAAAUCACCCAUCCAUCUGAGUUUGACUUUUACCUGUGUAGUCAUGCUGGUAUUCAGGGAACAAGCCGACCUUCUCACUACCACGUCCUCUGGGAUGACAAUCGUUUCUCCUCAGAUGAGCUGCAGAUUCUCACCUACCAGCUGUGCCACACCUACGUGCGCUGCACCCGCUCCGUCUCCAUCCCCGCACCAGCUUAUUACGCCCACCUGGUUGCCUUCAGAGCCAGGUACCACCUGGUGGAUAAGGAACAUGAUAGUGCUGAAGGAAGCCACACUUCUGGUCAGAGUAAUGGCAGAGAUCACCAAGCACUUGCUAAAGCAGUUCAAGUUCAUCAGGACACCUUGCGCACUAUGUACUUUGCUUGACAUGUUUUAAUGUUUAGCAACUCAGUUCAACACAGAGUUGGAUUCACAGGAGACCAGCUGCACUUAGACCAACUGUUGCCCAAGCUCCAGUGGCAGCCAACAAUGAGUGAUGCAUCUUAACAUGAUUUUUUCUUUCCCAGUUGCAAGAAGGCCUUCCGUCCAGAAUUUCAGACUUGAUUAUGAACUUGCAUUCUUGUACCAAACCCCACUAUUGUUGGAAAUGUGGUUUGCCAAAAAAAUCUCUAAGCUGCUUGGUAUAAAACAGACCCCUAUUUUAUAAUUAAAUCAAGAGCUGUGAUCUCAGGGCUUAGGGAAAAAAAAAAACACACAACAAAACAACAACAAUAACAAAAAAAAACAACCCACAAACCUCCUCAUUCAGUUUGUUAAUUAAUCAAAUUGCUUGUAAUAAUUUGGAAAGAUCUAAUUCAUACUAAAGGUUGAUGAGCUAAAAUGCUGUGAAUUAGCUUUUAAUACAAAAAAAAGCAUUUUUGGGACUAUUUAUGAAGCCUUGGUGAUUCUAGAUGCAUUUACAAAAAUGUUUAUUUUCGAAAGAAAAGAAUGACAAAAUUCUGGUUUUCAGCUGUCUUAUAAAGAUUAUUCUCUGUGUGUCUAAGGGCAAAAUGUAUUUUCUGAAGCUUGUUCCUGAAUGUUUUUUUUUAUUGUGCUGCGUUUGAAAAUGUUUUUCAUAGACUACAGAAGAAUUUUAAGAAAAUAAUGAACUUGUACCUAAGCUUUUAAUAGGUCCAGUUAAGAUUGGCAAAAGAAAAUGUGCCAUUUAAGGAAAAAAAAAAAUAGUAAAGAAUUUUUUAAAAUCAUACUGACAGCUAACUUUAGGAUUUGUCAUACAGGACUGUGACACUUGCUUUCCAAAGUCUCUAAAGAAUACGGGUCUGUGGUGAUUUAAUACAGUACAAUCCUUUUUCACUGUUGUUUUGAGUUAAUGUAAAUUUUAUGUAUGUUUCACAGUAUUAAUGUGAUAGACUAGAAGCUAUUAUUUAUUUUUAUUUACUAAGGAGUGCCCAUUAUACUUCUGUUAACAUAUCAAGAAUGCUUUGGAGUUAGAAAUUCAAACCUUAUCGUGGGGACAUUAGUAUUCAAAUGCAAAAAAUAUGCAAUUGACUUCGAUGUGAGAGCUCAGAGAUACCUACAGUGGAUAUUCUAGUCCUGCAGCUUGGGGUUUGUAGAAAGGCUUUCUUAAACCUGCACCCAACACAGCAGGUUUUACCUCUGCAGUCCAGAGACGCACACGAGACCAACAUUCUACGUUCGUUCAAGCACAAAAACCAACUGUAUUUUAUUGAUAUGUUGAAUAUUGGGGAAGCAGGAGCUCUGAUAGAAGGGAGUGGCUCGUGUUUGGAAUUUAGACAGAAGUCAGAGAAUCUAUGCAGUAAAGAUAAAUCUUAGGAAACGUGAAGUUUACUUACGAAGGGAGGUGAAACUCUCUUCGUUAUGCAUGAGGUCAAUAGCAAAUGUGAGAGUUUUGCCAUUCUCUUAGGAGAAGCAUUAAUUAAAACUGAUAAUUAUGAGACAAACGCUUCUGUUAGUUUGCACACUGGGUUCAUAAAAACCAUAAUACAUAUGGAAACCAUUGCACUAAUUAUGAUGCCACAAGCAGGUUUAGAAGAAGAUGGAAAAAGCCCAGGAAACUUGUUUAUGCUGACUUGAUUUUGUUUGUUUUUCAUAGGAUAACUGAAAUCACAUGUGAAGAGGCAGGUUUUUCAAAUUUCAUUUUCUUCCACGGAUUCAUUUUGCUUCAUCUUUUCCCUUUUCUCUUAGCAGAUGCUCAGUCAUUGUUGUGACUACAUUUACCUCUAGCCACUGAGAUGGGAGAGUAGCUUUAACCAGUACAGAGCUCUGUGCCAUCCAGCAGGUAUAGACUAUAACCAGUUGCUCUUGAAUAAGCUAGAAAAUGCCCAACCUUUGCUGCAGAAGGACUUGUAGGUACAUAACUUUGUGCAAGUUCAGAUCUUUCCUUGUAGCAGCAUGUUGGCUGCCAGUGUUGUUUGGGUGAAAUAACAAUGUAAAACCUAUUAAGAGCUUAAUUGUAUUUGUGUUCUUCUAAUUGGGUGGUUAGGUUGCUGGGUCAGGUUUUCUUCUUGGGCAUAGUUCUGUAAAUUCAGAUUUUCAGUGAUGCUGGUAACAGCACACAGCAACUGCCAGGUCUGUCUGCCUGCCUGCCUGUGUCCCAGCCAGGUUGUACAUCCCUCUCCUGGAGUACCCCUGAACUGCAGAACCUUCCCUGGGUGUUUGUGGUGAACUUCUCUGUGUGUUUGCUCAAGGGGCUGCAGAUUUCAGUCAGGAUUUUAAUUUGGCAGAGUUUUAUAUAAGAAUUAUUUUUUUAUCAGAAUUAUUUGUCACAAAUAGGGAAAAGAUCAACCAUUUUAAGAUGCCACUUAGUAGAGACCUCUUGGAUGUGAAAUCCAUCCUCCUCUUUCCUCUCUGCUCAGAUUGGGAAUAGGUGACUUUAUACAGGUGCUCAGAUGGGGCAAGGAGGGCAGAAUCUUUCUUGACCUCAGAUCUUACUUCUGAAGCAGACCUUGGGAUUCACUGCAUCCUAUUUGGAAUGUCUUCUUUGGGCUGGAAUCGUUGUUCCAGCUCCUUUUUGUGAGAAAAGGAGUAUUAGGCAGACCCUUAAUCUGAGAGUAACUGUCAUCUUGGAACAGAAAUUUUGUGUAGCUUUCCUUCUCUGAAGUUGUAUGAACAACUUGGGAUAGUUAUAGGCAUUUCAGGCUAGGGACAUUUUUACCUUUUACAGAUCAUUUUAAGCCUCUAAUACUGCUAAUUGUUUAUGGCUUGACUUCUCCCUCCUUUCCCCUCCCCUCCUACCCCCUGCAAGUGAUGAAUUAGUGAAUAAUUUAAAGCAUUUUUCUAAAAAAAAAAAAAUAUUGACUAAGUAUAUACUUUGAAAAGUACAGUGUUCUGUAAGUCCAGCAGCUCUGUUUCUGGGAAUAUUUUCAAUAUAAAUUGCAUGAUUCAAAAAUGUCUUCUUGAAAAAAAAACAAACCCAAAACAUCACAAACCCUGUUUUUUUCCCCUCUUCUUACCUCCCAUGUGUUUUGUAAGAACAGCAAUAUCUCAGGUAAAUGCAAAAGCUCAAGAUGUCUCUAUUUCACACACAUUCCUGCUGUUGAAGUCACAGUUGAGGUUGACAGUUAUAACCACUAAGUCACUAUGCAGCUCAGGUCAGCAAUAACCAAAUGUCUGUUAUUUUCAGGCAGUUGUUUGCUUAGUUCUUUCCCCAGACUGUGCAAAGAAGUUCCAUGACUCCUGUUCCCAGAGUGUUGGGCAGGACCUCAUCCCUUGCCUUCCUCUUGCUCUCCAGUAUGUUCCUGGCAAUGACCUUCUGCUCUUGAAUUCAGCUGUUGGUGCAGGUGGCCCUUGUGCUCAGCAGCCUGAAAACUGAUGGUAAUUGCACCCUGGUGACAAAAAAUGUGUUACUCCAUUGCAGGCAUGAGUGGCAUGGUGGGCAAACCAGACCACUGCCAGUGCUGCAGUAUUUCUUGUGAGAGUGUGUUUGAGAGAGGAACAGAUACUAAUGAGUUGCCUGCUAUGGGUUAGUUUUCUCUGAAGUUAUUUUAAUGGAAAUAGUAACACUAUUGAAACAAAAAAAAUAGUCCAAGACUGGAGCAGGCUGUAGAAUCUCUGAAAUCUCUGUCCUUGGAGAGGAUCAAGCUUGGCUGGGCAGGUCCCUUGCUGGACCUGCUUUGGGCAGGGGGCUGGACCAGGCAUCUCCAGAGAGCCCUUCUGGAGCACAUGGUCUGUAGCAGCCCCCCAAAAACCAGCAGAGAAAGUGCAGAAUGUUGGGAGGUUGAAAAAUGAUAUUGACAAAGAUAAAGUACUUAAAAGUUGUCUUUAUUUUUUUAGUUUUGGAAAUUUCUGCUUCAGUGACUGAAUUUUUUUAUCACGUCCACUCCACCUCUUCUAGCACCCAGGAAACAGAUUCCACCCUUAGUAGGGAAUCUUUUAUGAAGUGUUGGAAGUAGGUGGAUUUGUCUCUGCCUUAUGUGUGUUUGGCAUCAAGAGAGCCCUAUGCAAUCUGAACACUGUGUACAUGCACUGAUGUGUGGAGUGAGAUCACUUGGUUUAUUAGAACUCCUUAUUUUGGCUUGAUUUGAGUAGGAAUGUUUCAGCAACCAUAUUUUGGCUUGCUCUGUUACAGUCAAUGAUCUGUGUUACAGAAGCUUUGUCAUGUGAAUUUCCUUUUCUCUAGAUGUGUCAGGUUUGGGGCAAGUUGUUAGGGAAGGGUGUUGUGUCUUAAUCUGCUGGAGCCAGCAUGGAAAACUUACAGGAAAUUUUUCUACUUAAAACAAGAAAUCCAUAAUAAAUAUUUCUGAUCUUCAUCCAGGCCUGUAGGCAACAUUCCCUGAUUGUAAAAACCAGAAGGUUGCCAAGGUUUGGCUUUAAUUGUGACCCUCCUGGAGCCUUUGUCCGUUUUCAACGUGUCGUGCUCAGAUGUUGGUAGAUCAAACAAAAGAGAGAGUAUUUCCACCAGGAUUUUAAAGUUGGACUUCUGAAGGGUAGGGGGGUGUGUGGGGGGGUAGGUUUCUGUGUGCCCCCUUUGCUUUCUGAAAAGACUGAAGGUUCUGAUCGAGUUCAGAUGCUUCUGAAGUUUUAAGGUGCACGAGCACAAAGGGCUUUCUGUGAAACAGGGGAUUGUGAUCUGGAGGGCUCUGGGCUUGGCUGCCAAGGCUGCUGCCUUCACUGCAGCAGCAGAUCCCUCAGAUUCAGGGGUCGUGUGUCUCUCACCAGUGGAAACCCCAGUCUGCAUCAUCCCAGUCAAUCUCUGAAAUACAACUGAGAGCAAGGACAGGAGGAAGGUCUGUGUUAGCACCACCCCCCCCAGCCAAAUUCAGUGGAUUGCUCUGGGCUUUUUAGUGUACUUGCAGAUUGUUUCUUUUGGAGGAAGAAUGUGGGUAUUUAGAGGUGAGAAAUGGUUGGUUCUACAAGUCAUGCUUGCUCAAAACUAGAAGUCCUAGAAAUGCAGGACUGGGACCUUUGGACAUGCAGAUGGACUUGCUUUUCUCUUGAUUCCAAGCGUCUCUGGUGGCAUUGAUAACCCAUAAGGGACUUUUAAAAAAAGAAAUACCUAUCUUCUACACAUGUAAAAGAAGUUCUCAGUAUUUUUCACAUUCAAUACCAAUGUAAUAAAAUCACUUUUUUAUUAUUUUUUUAAUACUCUUCUCCUACAGUAGCAUCUCUUUUUGUCGAUUUGUCCUGCCAGUGUGGCUCUUUCAGCUUCUAAUGCAGGACAGUACAUGUUUUUACUCUUCUCUUGACAUUUGGUAGCAUGUUUCUUGAUGCACACAUGCAGCCUUUUCUAAGAAAAAAUUCAAGUAGAAGGUAAUUGCACUGAUUUUUUUUGUUUUUAAACUCCCUUUUUACUGUAAGACUUCCUGUUUGCAUCUGCUGUAGUUGUUUGAAGAUACUGUAAAUAGUGCUACGUAUAGCAAAUACUGAAAUGCUGUGGAUACCAUUCCUUGUUGUAUUCUUAGGAAUACUGCCAUAUUUUACAGUAUUGAGACAUGAGCUUUGGUUUUAAAUAUUGUGAGACAUUCUGUUUGCAUUGUGAUACCAACCCAAGGGCACAGUUGCUUUGUCACAGUGGAAAUAUUUAGGGUUUGUCUGAAUUUAUAAAAUACUUCUUCCUUCUCUGUGCACAUUCCUCCUAGACUGUAGAGAUAACAGAGGCAGUUUUUAAGCUACCAAUGUGCUUGUUGUCCGUGCAACGUUCAAAUGCCAUCUUUGAUUAUCACUGUUAAUUGGCUAAUAGCAUUGCCAUGAUAUCCAGACCAUCACCUGUAGCUCUCUUGCCUUUUCCUUGCUUCGUUUGACGUCUGGUUCUGGUGUCCUAUGAAGAGGGACCUGUCUGUGUGGCAGAACUAGUGGAAUAACAGGGAUUUGGGAUCUAGGGGACAAUGUCUUGCUUUCUGUCCCUCCCUGGGUGUGGGAUUGUUUGGUGCAGUGGAUGUUUUAGUGCUCUGAGCUAAGAAGUAGUGUUGCCUCUCUCCGUGCCCACGUGAGAAGGCUGUGGAUCUCCUGUCCAUCAGCAAUGGCCUUUUGCUUCUGUAACCCUCCAGGACAGGAGAGGCCCAAACCCAGCCCUGCUGUCUGGCCUCAGGAUGUGAAACAGCAAGUUCUGCCUCCUGUUUCUGAGGGUUAGUGACUGGAAAGGUGCAUUCCUCUGAGCUGGUUUUAAUCUGAAGGCGACGGUGGGUUUUUUUGGUGUGUGUAUGUGCUUGGAGUGGCACAUAUAACCCAUUUUAUCUCCUUUAGUGUUUCAGUUGCUUUUUCUGUGUUGUUUCUCUACCUGAAGUGUUAAUAUGAAUGUAAUGGCUUGGCCCAAUCACCACAAAAGGUGGUUUUGUGAUUCUUUUUAGCAAGCAAAGCAGAUGCAGUUCAAGGCUACCUCCUGUACUCCUCUGCAGAUGAAUUCAUUCCAUAAAGUGAACCUGCUACUCAACAGCCAAAAUGCUGCCAGAUGAACUGUCCUUUUACUGCCUGGUUUGUUGCUGGAGAACUAGCAGUGCCAUACUGUGACCUGGGCGGCUGGUGGUCGCUCCUUCUGUCUUCCUGAAGUCUCACUCUGUUGAUGCAGGGGAUCCCCAAGGUGUUGUCCAGCCAAAUGGCACCCCUGGCACUGGGGCAGGGUCCCUCCAUAGCAACAACUCCUCCUCUAGCCUGUCCCUUCACUCCCUGAAUUUACAGACUGUUGUUUCCCUUUGAGGAAUGUUCUCAUACUUCAGCUGUUGGCCGAAAAAAAGUGUCAUGUUUUCACUGAAAGUGACAUCAUGAAGGUGCUCGACACAUGUCUUGACUCUGAGGCCAAAAUUAGGCAUUGGAUUAUUUUUUUUUGUUAACCUAUUUUUUAGGUAAGUUGGCAUAAGACUGUAACAGUGAAAAUACUAUCUUCCCUGCUCAGAUCAUAAAAAAAAACUUUAGAAUGAGACCUUCCCCUAGAACAAGAUACCAAAAAACAACCCCAAUCUUGAGUGUGUUCAUCAUGUGAACAUUUAGUGUCAGUUCUGUGCAAAGCCUUGGCCCUAAGUCAACCAUGAAAUAAGUGCAUGCAGACUAAAGGUGCUUUAAAUGACCUGAAACUGUAGGAAACUAUGUUAAAUGCAUCAUAUUUUGUUUACAAGGAAUCCAAACAAGCUUCCUCAUUUUAUAAUGAACCACUCUGAUGACAGAAAUAGCACCUGUUCCUGCACAAGGUGCUGGUGUGUGGUUUCAUAGCAGUGUUAAAAAGAGUUUCUUAAAUGCUAUUUAAAAGUAACUGAACUUUAUGCCACAGAUGUUGGCAUCUCAGAAGCAGACUUGCUGGGAUUAUAUGCUACCUGCAACUUCAUCAUCUUAAUCUUUGGGCAUGGACACUAAAGAAUCUUACUGAAGGCAGGGAGGAUUGCUGAAGUUCUGACUUUCUCAAGCCAGUUUCUUUGUUGAGCACUGGUGAGUGGCGAGUAACUAUGCUCAAUAAUACCUGAAAGGGGUUAAACCUCCAAAAUGUUGUUCAGUUCUCAGUUGUAAUUUAACAGAGCUCCCCCUAAAAGUGUGAAGGAUGGGGUUUUGCUCUAAGAUAAACGGCUGCUUUUCAGAAUAUUUUUCACUACAUCUUGUAUUAGGGAUCCAUAGACACUAUUGAUGUUGCUGUGGCCUGGAAGGGUUUCACUGAACACGCUUCUCCAUGAGCUUAUCCUUGUAAAACAACCAGUGGAACACUGUGUGCUUUCCAGACUAGCUCUGCAAACCUAAAGGAGCAUGGGGAGCUGAAGCAAGGAGAGAGCCCUGUGCUGGGUGCUUGUCAUGCAUACAUGGAAGAGAAAUUCCAUCCCUCACCCCACACACGUCCAGCAGCCCCUUCCUAGAAAGGGAAUUAUUGGCAGGCAGUUCCUUCCUGUUGACUUCUGGCUUCAGUCCCUCUGUCCAGAGGUCUUUGGACUUUGGUUGGAGCAAGGACAAAUAUCCUGAACUGGGAGGUGUGAAGGUUUUGCUGAGAGUGAGUCUUGGGAGUUCUGCUUGAGGCAGCUCCAAGAAAGUGAACCCACAGCAGCAGCUGAAGGCUUCUCCCUCCCAUCUAAAUAAGUAUCUAAAUAUCCUCAAAAGAUAAUGUGCUUUGAAUUUCUCCAUGCACUGCUUCAACAGAUGCAUCUUAAAACUACCUGUGGCCGCUCUUCAACCAACCAACCAACCAACCAAUCAACCUACCUGUGUUGCUUGGAAGAGCUUAGUAUUGGCAUUACAAAUCUGUAUUACAGGGUACAUUCAUUUCUACUUGGUUCUUAGGAGUGCACAGAUUUUAGGUUUGUUUUUCCCCCACCUUUUGGAGGUGCUGUUCUACCAGACUGCUUUAGUUUUGAUAUUUUUUCCCCCUUCUUUCAGCACAACUAAAAUACCUGCUGGAGUAGCUACCAUCUGAUCAUCAGCAGGGCUUACAGAUACGACUAACCUGGGAGCAAGCUUAGGAAUUGUCCCUGCAAUAUAAAUUUGAACUUUUCUGGCCAUUUUAAGGUGUUUUUCAGUGUGCCUGGCAAGCAUGAAUUGUGCAAAGGUCAGCAAGCAAGCUUGGCUGGUGCUCUUUGUAUUUGCUUUGUUAGGUUAGAUUUCCUGUCAGAAAAUAAUAACGUGGACUCUAUUCUGUAUGUAUCAGCUUUUCCUGUUUUUAAAUCCAUGAAUAGGGGAAGCUUCACUCAUGCCAGUAUCCAUGAAAUUGCACAUUUUUGCUUGCCAUGUGCUUGACUCAGGGCAGGUCUGUGCUGUGGGUGGGAUCAAACCUGCCUCGUUUUGUUUCUGGACUUCACCAAAGUUAGCUCUGCAUCAGCUGUGAGGUGCUCAGGUCCCACUGCUUUUGUGCUGUAAAGAAUAAGGUAUUUUGGCCCUGAUUUUCUUGCUCCUGAUGGUUUUUCAUGGAACAAGACUGAGCCCUUGAAUUGCUCAUCUCAUUUACAUGUGACAACUCUGUAAUUUUAGUUUAAAGUAAAUAACACGUCUCUGACCAACCUGGAUCUUUACCUGCUCUUCAGUCAGUGUUGAAUCCCCAGACUGUCUCCCACCAAGAGAUUUUUUUGCAUUUUUUUCCAAUUCUUUUGCAAGAUUCCAAUUCUUUUCCAGUUCUUAAUUCUACCUGGUUUUGGGCAGUAGAAAUAAUUUGAGUGCCUGGGGUGAGAAGGGUUAGAUAUUACAUGCUUCACCUUAACAAAGCUUACUUAAUUGCCAGGAGGCCUUUUGGGAAAGCAAGGAGGAAGAAAUUUUUUUUUUAAAUCAACCAAAAAGCCCUAAAACAUAGAAACAAAAAACAUCAAAGAGUAAUUUUAAGAAUCAUAUAUCUUGGAAAAUCAAAUUAGAAGUGAGGUGCAAUGAGUCUAUCUGGCAAAGUGAUGUGCUGUCCUGAAGUGUUACCACUUGUUUUCUGUAAUUUGUUGAUAAAUCUUAGUAGAUUAUAUAUAUAUAUACAUUUGUGUGUGUGUGUUACACACACACCUGGUAGUGAAAGGAAAGCAGGACUGUUCAUAGAAAAUACAAGCUCAGUAGUUUGCUGGAAAUAAUAAGCACAGUUUCACUCAUUUUCACAGCACUUCAUUAGUUUGUACAGUCACCAAAAAAAUCUCAAGAUUCAGAGCAGUUCAUAAGUAAAGAUCCAGUCCCAGAUUCCUGUGCAGCAAAGUGGUUAACUUGGUCUCAGGAGGGUGAGAUGGAAAACAGAAUGUAUUGAUUAAAUACUCCGCCCCCCCCUUAAUUUUGGUACCUUGCAGAUUUAGUUGACAUCUCUUAAGGUUUUAAUUGUUUAACAGUUUUCAAUUAUUUUUAUUUUUAUAAAACAACUGAAAAAGAACCAAAAAAUCAAUUCAAAAAAUCCAUGCUGUAAAUGUUCCCUUGAAUCAAAAUGGUUUUAUGACCAUUUAAAAGUUUGCUAUUUUUGUGAAAGAAAAACAAAGAAAGAAGGAAAGAAUGUUAAGGGCCACAUUUCAAGUGGUACUAAAUGUACGUUGACCCGUGUGUGUGUUGCGUCUGUAUUUAAAAUGUCUUGUGCUCGCAGUAUGGAAAGGUGCAGUGCUGUUGGGGUAGGAGUGGCACUUGUCACACAAAAAGCAGACACAGAAAUACCCUCCAGUGACUUGUCAGGGCCUCAAGGUCAUGGUAGGAUUUACUGCACAGCUGGGAAGUGUCUCUGACGAGGUUUCCCGUCGGUGCGUGGAGCUGCAGCGCAUUGUGUCUGUCUUGAGGAGGCAGGUUAAUGUUUGCAUUGAUGCUGUGUGGCCAUGCCACUUAAUUAAGCCUUAACUAAACAAUAAGUUUGUCAGAUUUUUCUCAGAGUAUGCAACAAUACUGUGGAAUGACAGCAGGAUGUUCCUAUGAACUAAUAGGAAAGGAAGUCUUCUCAAGCUGGUAGAUCCCAAGGCUGUGGCUGACCCUUGUAGGCACUGGCUGGCACUGUUGCUCUGCAGGAACUGGGCUCUGGGCAUUGUCUCAUCUCCCAGCUUUGUCGUUGCUGGUGUUGAACAGAUUCUUCUCCUUCCCCCUGCUAGGAAAUCUCUGCCUGAAGGAGGAUUUUGAGUUCUUCCCUUAGCUGUUCUUGAGCUCUGUGCUUGCGUCAGGUAGCGCCAAUCGCUUUCCCACUGACACAGGAUCCUUAGGCCGUUCGACAGAGAGGCGAAACAAGUGUUGGGGACCCAGCUUUCUUUUCUGUUGUGGGGGUUUAUUUUUUUUGUGCGUGUGUGUUUGGUUUGGGUUUUUUUGUUGUUUUUUUUUUUUUUUUGGAUUUGGAUCUACCUCAUGAAACAGUUGGGUGCUACUUCCUCAAAUUGUGGAUGGGAUUGGCAAAAGCGACCAAGCUGCACGUGGUGCCGCCCUCCUGGGCGGUGCCGCCCAGCCAACCAAGCCCUCUGGCUUUCUUCUUCAGAGACAACAAUCUUGUAUUUGAGUUGGAUUCUUUGUGCCUUUGUGUUGUUGUGGUUUGGUUUUUGGUUUUGUUUGAUUUUUGGGUUCCCUCCUCCCCCCCCGCCCCAAGUGCAUAACAAUCAAAAGUCGUUUUCUUAAUGAAAAACAGCAAACGGAUUUUAACCGCCAAGUGUAACAACAAAACCCAACCAACCAAAAAAAAAACAGGAUGUAAAACGUAUUUUUCACUGUAUCAAGUCAUAAAAUGUACAGUUUCACAGCAGAACUAGGCCAAGAGAAAUACCCAAUAAAAGAACUUUUUGAAAUAUAUCAUCCCAACCCUAACAUAUUCCUCAGUGUAUCUACAUAUGCACACCCGUGUCGUUCACAGUUUGUGGGUUUGUGUGCAAGGGAAUAAAUAAUAACUUUUCCAGUUUUGUAUGUAACAGUUUACAGCUAUGUGUAAGUUUUUUCUACUCUGUGAAAUCUUUUUUACUUGCAAAAGAAUUCCUCGUUGGGACAUUUUAAGUUGUGAUACGCUAUCGUUUUUUUGAAGUUAAAAGAAAAAGAAAAAAAAAAAAUAAUUCCAACUUUUUACCAGUACCUAAAUGCAGAAGGGGGGGAAAUCUUUUGUGUAAAAUUGUAUUUAGUUUAAAUAUUAAAGAAAAUAAAUAAAUCUAUCUAUGGAACUGUAAAAGUGCUGCCCUGGCAGGACUUCAAAGCUGUUUCCUAAGGCUUUCUGCUGCAGAGAGACUCGAACAAAAGGAAAAUGCCUCUGUUCAAUGUUUUUUUUUAUAAAACUGCUUCAUCAGGUCUAUACUUAAGCUAUAUUUUCUAAAGCCUAAUCAUCCUUAUAAUAUGCUGCAUAGAAAUGAUCAGCAUGGUUGCACUUUCUCAGUAAUAAUGGAUGCCCUGCAAUUGGCUCGUGAGAAGGACUUUAGUUUUUUAACAAAAAAAAAUAAAAAUAAAGAGUACUUUGGGCAGAAGGUAAUAUUUAUAUAGGUACCUCAAGAAAAUAAAAUAAAAAAAGAGCCUGAAUAUGCUGCAUUUUGUUCCUUUAACAUUUUUCAUGUAGCAUUUAUUUGCUUUUGGUUUUAUUUUAUGUUUAUUUGAGUAGGUGACUAGCUACCUGUUUUGCUUUGGGGGACCCUGGUAGCGUUUCAGACUGUUUGCUUUCUGUUGAUCUCCUAGAAUGUAGUAUCCUUCCUUGGUUUCAUGCAGUAGCUUGGGGUAGGGUUUGUUGUCUACACAAAGGGGAAGGGGGACCAUGAGGAGAUGCUCUUUAGGUAGAGGUGAGGAAAAGGAUACUACCUUUCUGAAACAGACAGUACAUGUGUUCCUAGUUCUUUUUGCUUGUGCUGCUUUCUUGACUCUUUCCUCAAAUCCCGAGCGUGGAGAGGGGGCAGCUUGUUAAUGGAGGAGCAAAACCAAACUGACCCAACUUGCCCUGGUUUUGGGGGCUGCUGGAGGAGUGGCAGGACGUGGGCUUGGCCACGCCCUGCCCCGAAUUCCCAGAUUCUGGCAUUGGAAAGGGUUGCCUCCCCACCUUGGAGCAGGAUUCCUCCUGCUCCCUGACCUCUUGCUGCUGUGGGUUCCUCAUCUGCGUCUUCAUUCCCGAGUCAGUAAAAACCUUCAAAAUGUGCAGAGAUGGGGAAUUUCUUUGUUGAGAACUGUUGAAGGAAGCUUCAAAGGCUGUGAAAUCGAGCAUUUAUUGUCAUGGGGUGGGUUUGGUUUUUUUUUUAAGCUUAGGUGGGUCCUUUUCCAAGUUUGUUUUACAGCUUGCAAGGCAAAAUAGUUUGCACUACUUCUGCAAUAAACUCAUGAAAAAACCUAACAGGUUCUGUUUUGGUUUAUUACUGUAUAUAUACAACUAAUACUAAAGAUUUAGCAUAGUGUUUUUCACCUCAAAACGUAAGACUUGUAACAAGCUCAGAAUGCUGUAAUUCCUGACAAAAAUAAUGAUGUGAAUGAUAUUUUAUAAAGUUAUUUUUUAUGGUGUCCAUUUUGUUUUGCCUCAUAGUAUGUCAAUAAAAUAAAAUUCCUCAUCUUUACAA